AUGCGAUUAAUGUCUCUGUCUGAUCACCUGACGUCGCCUCGCCUCGCCUCGCCUCACUUCACCGAGGCCGUCGCUGUUAGCGCCGCCAAGAUCCUCGAGGCCGAGCUUGAAGCCGCCGAUGCCGAAGCUGCCAGGCUCCAGCGCCUGCGCGCCCAAGCUGCCGAGGAAUGGAACUGGGCCGAGAUGGAGCUCCUGGACCUCGAGGAGGACGACAUCCAGCGCAUGCUGGCCUUGUACGAGGCCUGGGUGGAGGAGGCCGAGGAAGAAGCCGAGAUCCUACGGCUUGUUGAGCAUGUCGAGGAGCAGCUGUGUCAGCAGCAAGAGGAGGGGCCCGACGAAGAAGAAGACGAGACACAAGGAGGCCGCCGCUUCAACGGGGCUUUCAUUACCUUUGAUGACUACCAGGACGACGACGACCGCUUCUUUGGCGACAACGGCAGCGCCCCGACGACCACGAGCCUGCGUCGCCGCCGCCUACACCACCACAAACACCAACAAUCUCCCGUCCUCAGUGCCGUCACUACCUCCCUCACUGACAUGGCUCUUGAGGACGGCGAACGUCAACUCUCGUCCAGUCUCCAAAGGAUCCUCCACGUCUACAAGACCGAUUUUGUCUCCCUCCGCCCAACCACCCACCUACCGGGAAACAUGCUUUUCUCAUCCUCGAUAGACGGGUACCAGCAAUUCUUAACGCAUCGCCGACAGAACGACUCCGUCAUCUAUCCAUCUUUUGGUGCUAUGGCCAACAAGAUUUCCGGACAGUCAAUGGCAGGAAAGGAGAGCUUCGACGGCGACCUCGAGGUCUGUAGUCUAUUUGAGCUUAGUGAAAGCCCUAGUCGCCUUUGGAUGGCGCGUUCGUGGAGAAUGAUGAAGAAGGAUUUGGGUCGAAGUGAAUGUCAUCGAUUGCGGUGGAAGUUGCUAGCAAAGUUCUGCGAAGCCCGAGGCUAUUUCCAUGUAGCCACAACAAAGGUUAUUCAAUCGUUUAGCGUCAACUUCUCCCCGGACGGCAUGCGCCAGCUACCUUCCAGACAGCGCACACCUCCCACUAUCAUUAUCCGCGACUUCCGCGGCGUGAAGGUCACCCUUCAAGUCGACAGCCGAGACGCCACUGGGUAUGAUGACCCGGAUAGUGUUGAAGACGACCCCAACCGAGAAAACGCCUGUUGGCGAACAUCCACUUACGUCGAAUCCAAGGACGACACCUUCUUCCGCCUCCGCUAUCAGGUCGAAAACAGCCAUCGCUGGGAGGGCCCCAACAUAGAGCUCUUAACCCCCGAAGCAGACGCUAGUAUCGCUAGUAGUGUGCUUGCUAUUAAUAAUCCUCGUAGUGCUCUUUGGGCACAGGUCUCUCAGUUCUGGAUUUGCAAAGGCAGAAACUACCGCAACUCGAUCCUAGGCCUAGACCCCGUUGAAGGGCCAUUCGCAAUUACCAACAUCCUGGAUGAGAGGGGUGAGCGCAAAAAGUCCAAAAGAAGCAGCCAGAAGACCAGCCAUCUCAUCGUGUUCUUGGGCUAUAACAAGCGAGAGUGGCACCCAGCUAGCUGUGUUCCUGACCAAGGGAUACAGGAUUGGGAGAAGGUCAAGAAAGACAAACGAGGUCCCAUGAGGUUCUCGGCAACGCAACAGUACUCGGGUUUGAUGAUGGGAAUAGCUGAACUAAGACAAGCAGUGGUCAACGACACCAUUGCUCGGCCCAAAGGUGCCUCACUCAAGAAAACGAUUCACUGCGUGCAGUUCCAAGGCGCUGUGAUCCCGCGCAAUAGUUGUCGUCUCUCGACCAGUUCUACUGCCAAGUACCCUGAUUGGUUCCCUGCCCUUCGAAGCGUGCCUCACUACCAGUCUAUCAUCUUGAUAGACAAAGGACUGAUGCAAGGAACUUGCCACUUUGUAAACCCUCGACACUCACCUGCAUUAGCUCACAUCCAACCGUGGGCCGGCUCGACCGUCGAGCCACAGCACCCAAGACCUGCCGCCGCCAUGGCAGGCAUGUGGCAGCCCGACUUAGGCAUCGAGUUUGGUGGUCAUGCAUCCUUACAACAACACCUUGAUUCCCCAUCAAAUUACAACAAUCAUCCCUACGAUCACUAUACGCGACCCAACCCUAAGGUUGUCCCUAACCAAAACAUGUCUAGCAAGUUGACAAUGGAGGGGUUUCUCCAGAACGGCUAG